GAGAUGGGAGGAAAUAAUGUACAGGGUUAUGAAGGAGAAGAAAUAAUGGUACAGGAUUAAUGGACUCAGUGAUAAAUAGAUGUGGAAAGAAAGCAUGAUACAGAAGCAGUAAGGGGGUAGUGACAGAGGAGGGCUUGAGGGAUGCAGUGGAAAGGGAGGAGGAAUAGACAGGCUGAGAGAAAGGAGGAGGGAGAGAAGAGGAGGAAUCCAUGGAGGCAGCAAAAUACUCCGCUGUGGAUAUAGGAUAUUUCAGCAUCCCUCCUAUUUUCUGCAUCAGAGCAGGAUGAAGCCCCUGGAGGAUUCCUUUGGUUGUUUGUAGCAAUCAGCAAGCUGCCUUUUUGGAUUACAGAAUGGAGGUGUGUGCAAGGGUCGGAAUGGUGGGCGCUGCUGCCUCCUAUGACCAGCUUGUUCGUCAGGUGGAGGACCUUAAGAAGGAGAAUUCCCACCUAAGAAGAGAGCUGAAGGAUAAUAGCAGCCAGCUAAACAGACUUGAACAUGACACAUCCGAUAUGAAGGAAGUUUUGAAACAUCUUCAGGUCAAGCUUGAGCACGAUGUUGGGGGGGGCGCAGGUCACGCUGAAAUGCUGGAUCAAUUUAAAGGUUUGCAGGGUGAUAUCCCUGGACUUUAUAAUCUAUAUACCUCUCCUGCCAUUGGCCCAGAUAUCUCUGCCACCCCCAUGCAACUGGAGAUCCCUCAAAAAAGAGCAAGGGAUGAAAGCCGAACAAGUGAACUUCUAAUGCAGGAGCUGGAGAAAGAAAGGUCCCUGCUUUUAGGGGAAAUUGAUAAGGAGGAAAAGGAAAAACUGUGGUACUACUCCCAAAUUCAAAGUUUGUCCAAGCGGCUAGAGGAAUUGCCUCAUGCGGAGACGUUCUCUUUACAGAUUGACCUUAUCCGGCAGCAGCUUGAGUUUGAAUCUGAUCAUCUGCACUGUGUUUUGGAAGAGAGAUUUGGGACAGCAGAUGAGAUGGUGCAGAGAGCACAGAUUCGGGCAUCUCACCUAGAGCAAAUAGAGCAACAGUUGGAAGAAAUGCAAAGUAAAGAAGUGAAAGAGCAUCAGGUUAUUGAGGAAAAGAGCAUGGACUUAGCAGAAAAGAUUAAUACAGAGGCUGUUGCUCCCCCAGAUGACAGCUCAGGGCAGCAAGAAAGCAAGGUGGAGGUUGUGUUUUGGCUUCUGUCUAUGCUGGCCAACCGAGAUAAGGAUGAUAUGUCACGUACCCUUUUAGCAAUGUCCAGCUCACAAGACAGCUGCCAGGCCAUGCGCAGAUCUGGCUGCCUCCCACUGCUGAUUCAAAUCUUGCAUGAGGCAGAGCGAGAUACAAAGGCACCAGAAUCUUCUGCAUUUAAGGAUGCCAGGAUGCGUGCAAAUGCUGCCCUGCACAAUGUUAUUUUUUCUCAGCCAGAUGAAGGGCAGGCUAAGAAGGAGAUGAGAGUUCUUCACAUUUUGGAACAGAUUCGAUCUUAUACAGAAACCUGCUGUGACUGGAUGCUAGAGCAUGAACGAGUAGGGAACAUGCAUGAAUGCAACCCAGUCCCUGUGGAGCCACAGAUCUGCCAAGCAAGCUGCGCAAUCAUGAAGCUGUCAUUCGACGAGGAAUAUCGCAGAGCAAUGAAUGAGCUUGGUGGCUUACAGGCCAUUGCUGAGCUCCUUGAGGUGGACUAUCUGAUGAACAGAAUGACAAGUGAUCCCCUCAGCUUGGCCUUAAGGCGCUAUGCAGGAAUGGCUCUAACUAAUCUGACUUUCGGUGAUGUAGUGAACAAGGCAACACUCUGCUCCCGGCGUGGCUGCAUGCAGGCAAUUGUGGCUCAUCUGGCAUCCGAAAAUGAAGAAUUGCAGCAGGUGGCAUCCAGUAUCUUAAGAAAUCUGUCAUGGAGGGCAGAUAUUAAUAGUAAGAAGAUUCUGCGUGAAGUGGGCAGUGUGAUCAGCUUGAUGCAAUGUGCUUUGCGGGCCAACAAGGAGUCAACACUAAAGAGCGUACUGAGUGCACUGUGGAAUCUGUCAGCACACAGUACUGAGAACAAGGCCUCAGUCUGCUCCGUGGAGGGAUCGCUGGGCUUCUUAGUGAGCACAUUGACCUACAAAUGCCAGAGCAAUUCAUUGUCAAUCAUAGAGAGUGGUGGAGGUAUCCUGCGCAAUGUAUCCAGUUUGAUAGCUACACGUGAUGAUUACAGGCAGAUCCUGCGUGAUCACAACUGUCUCCAGACUCUUCUGCAGCAUCUCAGGUCCCACAGCUUGACCAUAGUUAGCAACGCCUGUGGGACACUAUGGAACUUAUCUGCACGGUGCGCUCAGGACCAGGAGCUUUUGUGGGAUCUAGGAGCUAUUAGUAUGUUACGAAACCUUAUUCACUCCAAGCACAAGAUGAUUGCAAUGGGCAGUGCAGCUGCCCUAAGAAACUUGCUUGCACACCGCCCUGUAAAGUACAAAGAUGCUUCUGUAAUCUCUCCUGGUUCCUGUAUGCCUUCACUAUAUAUGAGGAAGCAGAAGGCACUGGAAGCUGAGCUGGACGCAAAGCACUUGGCGGAAACCAUUGACAAACAAGGCCUUAAAUCACAGCCAGUGAAGGGUCCACUGAGGCACAUUGAAAGCCUGGUUAAGGAUUAUGCAUCAGAUUCUGGUUGCUUUGAUGAUGAUGAUAUCCCAAAUACAUCCAUCAGUGCAGAAACUGGCAAUUCCUCUGUACUCUCCAUGUAUCUUAAUUCAUCCUAUACCCAAGGUCAGAACAUUCCACGAACAGGGUCCCUAAAAAGAGCAGGAGAGCUAGAGAAGGUUGACAGCUGUAAAAAUGAAAUCAGGAAACCACAUGAAUAUAUCUCAUCAGCUGAUAAAUUGCCAACUAAAAUACCUUCUGCAAUAUCUAAGAUAGACAGACUUGUGGAAGAUGUUUCUACAAUGCAUACAUCUUCUGAUGACAGUUUUAGCUUAAGCUCAGAGGAUCAUUGCAUUGACUGGCCCUGUGGUUCAGAUGAGCUACAUGAAGCCAGAGCUCAUUCCUGUUCUCCUUGUAGAUUAUCAGAUAAAAGUGGUCUAUUAAGGCGAGAUAAUAUAAGCAGAGCACAAGCUCUAUUACGCUUAAAAACUGCUUACACAAGUCUUUCUAAUGACAGUUUAAACAGUGGCAGCACAAGUGAUGGAUACUGUCCAAAGGAACAUAUGAAACCCUGCAGCAGAUCUUCCCUUAUUGAUUACAAGGAUGAGUUACAAAGGUAUCAGAAACGCCCAAGUCGUCUGGAUCUAAAGAGUGUUUUGGUCCCCAAACCUGAAAGAAAUGAUUCAGCUAUAAAAAAAGUGCCAUCCACAGAAGAUCAAAGGCAGCUUUAUGACUCAACAAGUAAAAGUGUAUCGCUUACAAGUCUAAAGAACAAAGAAGGUACCGAAGAUCAUUUUGUAAAAAGUACAAGUAACACUUUACCAGCCGAUCCUUUGGUGCAUACCAUAAAGCUAUCUCCAUCAUAUAAGCACAUUACCGGCCUUGACAGUGUAUCCAGUAAUGUGUCAGGAUUUCCUGGAAGUGUUUUACAGCAAAAAAAAUCAUGGUUACUCACAUCACAAAUACCUGACUCUUAUAUAAAAACAUUUGAAAAGGCUUCUAACCACUCCUCAACAGAACAGGAAUCACUCCAAAAAUAUGCAGUAGAGGGAACCCCAAUAUGUUUCUCUCGGUGCAGCUCCCUUUCUUCUCUAUCAUCAGGAGAUAACAUACUGGAUGGGCAAAGCCGAAGUGAUAAUGACAUAGACAGUGACUCAUCCCUAGAGAUACUAGAGAUGGAGGAAGGCAACAUAAAGUACAAAAGCAAUGAAACAGAAGAUGCAGCAGUAAAACAAGGUAUAGUUUCUUCAGUUACUUCCCAACCCAUGGUUAUUCCUAUGCCAAAACCUGAAAAACACUUUUUCAGGGAAGUUUCACCAUCAAGGAAUGAUGACAUGACUCCAUCCAGCUCUUCAGAGAAUUAUAUACAGGAAACACCUUUGGUAAUGAGUCGUUGCAGCUCAGUCAGUUCCCUGGGUAGCUUUGAGAGUCCUUCCAUUGCCAGCUCUAUUCAGAGUGAUCCAUGUAGUGAGAUGAUUAGUGGAACAAUAAGCCCCAGUGAAUUGCCAGAUAGCCCAGGGCAGACCAUGCCACCUAGCAGAAGCAAAACUCCAAGCUUUGAAACUAGUGGGCACCUAGAAAGAGAGACUAGCCAGUUCAAUAUCCAGUGGGAGAAUAAUGUAAAAAAGUUCAUGGAGAUAACAGACUUUAAAGAGAGGUUUCAGAUUCCAAGAGAUAUUGACUCCAUGAUUUAUUUCACAGUGGAAAAACCAACAGAAAAUUUCUCAUGUGCCUCAAGUCUGAGUGCGUUGCCUUUGCAUGAACAUUACAUUGAGAAAGAUGUGGAGCUAAAACUCAUCCCACCUUUUUCUGACAAGAAUUGUUUAAACUUUGUCGCACAUGAGAAAAGAGGAGAAAAUAGAGAGGAACGGAUCCUGGGAAUGAUGACGAAAUCUGAACUAGAACUUGUUUCCGAUGAUGAUAUUGAUAUUUUAAAAGAGUGCAUAAAUUCAGCCAUGCCCUCUCGGUUACGUAAUGUUAAGACAUCUGUCCUCUCAACACAUAUCCUUAAUUCCUCAAGUAAAAAACCUGUUCAUCUCCCAGUAUAUAUGUUGGUUCCAGCACAUACACAGCUAGCAGGGCCAAAGGUCUUCCAUUCAAAGCAAGACUUGCUUAAGGAUGACUCUUCUUACACUGAUUCAGCGGAGGGGACACCAGUUAACUUCUCCAGUGCCGCUUCCCUCAGUGAUGAAACAUUACAGUACCCUCUUAAAGACGAUCAAGAUCUAAAAGAUAGGUUGAAAAGCCAGAAAGAAAAAAGAGAAUUUGGGACAAUGUUAGAUAGUAAUUUGGAAAAAAAGAGAAGAUCAAUAUACACAAUGGAAAAUAUAGCAGACAAUGAGGAGAUGAGGAAAAAUUUUUACUGUGCAAAUCCAACUAAAUAUAGUAACAAAGGAAACAGACCCACUAGCCCAGCUUAUCCAUUAAAAGCACAUCAGACAACUACAAUUGGAGGCCCUGAACACGGUACAGUAAAAUAUGAUGCUAGGACUUUUGUCUCUCCUGGUCACCCAUCAAAACUGGAUUUGAAUCAAGGUGAAUAUGUUCAUGGAAACCUAGCUUUUCAGUCAUUCUGUCACACCACACCAACCGAAGAGGCAGUUUAUUGCUUUUAUGAGGAGGACAGAGACACACUGUAUUCAAACAAAAAUUCUCCUAAAAUAAAACAGGAGCCAACAAAAUCUCCAAGAAAAAGUCUCUAUACUGGGGUAUCAAAGAGAGGAACAAAUGGACUUCCAGCCAGCAAAUCAAGCAAUUAUGCUUCUACAUUCUCAAAUUUAAUAGAGGAUGAACCCAUCCCUUGCUACUCUCUCAGUUCAUCGAUGAGUUCACUCAGUGACAUUGAACCUAUAUGUGCACUAGAAAAGGUAGAUAAAUCCAGAAGGCAUUCAGCUAGGCUUCAGUGCAGGAGUCUAAAUAUUCAUGCUGGAAGCAGAGAUUCUUCUGUCAGUCGAACUUCAGAUGAGGAAAGAUGCACUUCUUCAGUGCUACCUAGGAGGAAAAGAACCUCAGCCCGCAAAAGGAAGCACACACUUAAACUCACUCAAAGUAAAAGUGAACAAAAUCCUGUUGGAGACAGGUCACCAGAUGGAGGUGAGAUGUCAGAUCUAGAUAGCAUAGACUGGGAAGCUAUCAAAGAAGGUGCUAAUUCCAUUGUCAGCUGGAUACACCAAGCUGCCUCCUCUAUCUCCAGGAGCACUUCAUCCAUGUCAAGAGGCCCUUCAUCUGAUUCUCUUAUGUCUAGCCCAUCAGUGUCGGGACACCAGCCUUUACAAGGCAAACAUAAACAAAGCAGAGAAUGGGCCUUGCGUCCCAGGGUCCAGAAUUCCAACAAAGCUAACACAAUAAACUCUAAUGAAGAAACAAAAAAUGUCAGAGAAAGAAAAGUUAAUUCUAACCAAAAGCAAGCAUCUAACAUCCCUAUGGUCCUCCGUGGCCGUACAGUUAUCUAUGUACCAGCCAAGGAGAAAGAAUCAUCAACUAAACUACUUCAGAAUCAAGCUCCUCACAUUAAAGAUCCAACAAAAGUAGCAACCGCUGUGCGAUCUCGAAGCCUUCAUCGCUUAGGGAAAUCUUCAGACCUGGGAGUGGAAAUGACCUUGCCCAAAAGAAGUGCUACACCACCAGCUCGUAUCAGCAAUGCAUCCUCCUCUAGCUCAUCUCGAAAUUCAACUCCAUCACGUAAAGCACAAGCACCAGUACCUUCACCAAUAUCCAAGAGGUCCAAAAAUACCCAGGUGCUUCCUGGUAAUAAGACUCAGAAGUCCCCUGUAAGAAUUCCAUUUAUGAAAAAGCCUACUCCUCGUUGCCCCCCUGGCCCUUCACCACUUGCUAUAGAACCUGUCAGCCCUCUGCAGAGUCCCAGCAGGAGGCCUCAAGGAAGCAGGCUUAACCAGGUUAAGAACAGUGAAUCUGAAAAAUCUGGUAUGUUACGUCAGCUAACUUUCAUCAAAGAAUCUUCAGGAAGUAUGAGACGUCAACAUUCUGACCUGUCUGUGUCACGACAACACCGUAUUCCUCCCCCAAAAAAUUCAGCUCUACCUGCUGUUUUUCUCUGUUCUUCCCGGUGUGAGGAGCUUAAAGUCCACAAACAACCUAAGCCAAAAGUGACUGCUUCACCUAACUGCCCUCCAAGAAGAACAAGUUCUGAAAGUCCCUCCCGCCUUCCAGUAAGAAAUCUUCCACCCGCUCCAGAACCAUUUAAGAGAUAUUCUUCUUCUCCUCACAUAAACCUCCCAGGGCCACGUGGUGAGUGUAGGAAAGACCAGAAUGCUUCCAGAGCUGAAGAGGCAAGAGUUUCAAGACCUCAUACUGCAUUAAGCCAGGACAGAGCAACCUGGAGAAGGAUUAGAGAUGAAGAUAUCCCCCACAUUCUUAGGAGUACUCUUCCAGCAUGUGCUCUACCACUUACUGAUGAUGUAUCUGAGCCACGACGAAAAACAAGUGAUGCUGUAGUACAGACUGAAGACAUUGCUGUUACAAAGACUAACUCCAGCACUUCACCCACUCUUGAAAGCAGCUCCAUGGGGAGUAGAAACAGGCCUGGUUUAGCCUCAUCUCUUCUUCCAGAGCUGGGAAAAAGUGCUCUUGCUGUUGUGAACCUACCCACCAGUAGGCAUAGCUCUCCCAGCCGUGCUGCACGCGUAACACCUUUUAACUAUGUUCCCAGCCCAAUCUUGACAGUAACAGAGGAAGCUGCAGGAAAAGUAGUGAAUGAGGAAGUGAAUGAAGUAAACUAGUGAAUGAUAAGUGAAGCACUUACAGCCUAGUUUGUUUAGUUGGUGGAUCAGAGGUUAUCACAGUCUCCAAGGCAUGGAUGGAAUGCAGAACCUUAAUACUAGAAUUCAUUUCUUUCCUGUCUUGCCACUAGUCCAUGAAUCCUGUGCACUUUGGACUUAUAAAUAUUGCUUAUUGACUUUCUAAUGUUUGAUGCAGAUAAUGGCACUUUAUGGAUCUGUAAACUUGACACAUCUGCACAUUUGACAGGCACUGAAUCAAAUGCAUUGCCAGGAGAACUGAAGGCUUAAUAAUCGUGUAUGGCAAUUUUUUAUCAAAACAUUUAACCUUGAGCUCAAGUUAUCCUAUUGAAAAAUGAGAUAGUGAUGAAAAUGUGGAUAAUAUAUGUAAGAUGAACAUAAUUUCCUCCUGACUGAAGUUAAGCUAAAAAAAUAUUCCAUUUGUUGUGGACACAAUCAAGAACUACCAAUAUACAACAUACAAGCAAAUGCAGGCCUUCAUGGAUCCCUGGACCUGGGUGCAGUCCACAUGUCAAGAAGUAUCCAAAAAAGAAUAUCUGCACUUCACCUGACUUACAAGAAUUAUAAGUGCUUUAUUAUAAGGACCAAAUUUAAAGGCUGGUGAUUCAACUGAAAUGUUGGUCCUUGCAAUAAAGCACCUUGAUCAAACUAUAAGUAAAAUGCCUACAUUUAAUCUUUCAAGCCAAGCCUUAAUAUAGGUGUAGCUGCAUGUUUCUUACACUUACUGGCUAUCCUAUAUAUAACCACAGCUCAGCUUAUCAGAUUUCAACUACGAUAAGAACAGAGAAUGGAAAAAAAUGUUCAUUAUACUUUUUCUUAUUGCCAAAAUUAAAGCUCCAACAAUAAAUGGCUUUGGGCAUUAGCUGGAGUUCCAGGCACCUUGAAUAAUGACCGUCGGCCAUAUUAUAAACAUUUGUUGCAGCACUUGGAUAUAUUCUUUUUUUCUUAAACAAAUUCUCCAUGUGCUAAUAAUCUUUUAAUUUUAACCAUGAACUUUCUCAGCUUUAAUUCCUUCCUUCAUUCCUCCAGCCAUUACACAAUGUCCUUAGCUACUGCAUCUUUGUUACUCCUCAUGGACAGUGAAUUAGACAAUGAGGGAUCUCAACAAGCCAACUGUUUCUUCCUGCAGUCAAUUUCAGGGUAUCUCUAGCUUUCUUGUUGAAACUAUUCAAACCCAGUUAUGUGGUAAGGGAGGAGCAUGAACAAUCCCAGCUUUUUUACAUGGAUUGAAGAGACUUGAGAAAGUUGAACAUUAGCACAGAACAAGAAUUUUCCGCACUAAGUCUGCAUUUUCAGUGUUGUUUUUCACUUAAAAAUUCAAAUGCCAUUUGAGUUAAUUGUAUGUAUGAAAUGUAAAAAUGAAUAAAAACCACCAUUUAUGACAGUA